AUGAUUGAGUGUGAUGAUUGCUUGAAUGGGUUUCAUUUGAAGUGUUUGAGGCCACUACUAAAGGAUGUUCCAGAAGGGGAUUGGAUUUGUAAUUUUUGCGCUGCGAGAAAAUCGGGGGAAAUGGUGAAAUUUCCAAAGCCUCCAAAGGGGAAGAAGAGGGUUAGGACUGCUCGGGAGAAGUUGCUUUCCAGCGAUUUGUGGGCUGCUCAUAUUGAGAGUUUAUGGAAAGAAGCGGAUGGUACUUAUUGGUUUCAUGAACGGUGGUAUAUUAUUCCAGAGGAGACAUCUUCAGGGAGACAGCCUCAUAAUUUAAGAAGGGAGCUCUAUCAAACAAAUGAUUUUGCUGAUGUUGAGAUGGAAUCUAUCAUUAGGCAUUGCCAUGUUAUGAACCCAAAAGAGUUUGCCAAGGCAGGCAAUGAAGGAGAUGAUGUCUUUCUAUGUGAAUAUGAGUAUGAUAUACGAUGGCGUAGUUUCAAGCGCAUCGCAGAGAUUGAAAAUAAUGAAGAGGAUGGUGAAGAAGCUGAUGGUGAUGAAGACUGGAAUUCAUGCGAAGGUUCGGACCCUGACACGGAAGAAGACAUGGAGUAUGAAGAGGAGAACAAAAAGAGUUCAUUGACUGGACCAUCUUUGGCUCAUCCAUUGGCUGCAAACUCCAGAAAUGGGCUAAUAUUCGGACUUCAAAAAAUUGGGGCAAAAAAAAUACCAGAGCAUGUUCGCUGUCACAAGCAGACUGAUCUGGAAAAGGCAAAAGCUACACUCCUACUGGCAACAUUGCCCAAGUCUCUACCUUGUAGGGAUAAGGAAAUGGAUGAGAUAACUGCAUUUAUUAAAGGGGCUAUAUGCGAUGAUCAAUGCCUGGGAAGAUGCCUAUACAUUCAUGGUGUUCCCGGUACUGGCAAGACAAUGAGCUUUCUUUCUGUGAUGAGGAACCUAAGGCCAGAGGUGGAUGCUGGAAGCAUUCAGCCUUACUGCUUUGUGGAGAUCAAUGGUCUAAAAUUGACUUCUCCUGAAAAUAUUUACACUGUUAUUUACGAAGCAUUAAGUGGACACAGAGUUGGUUGGAAAAAAGCUCUUCAUUGCUUGAAUGAGAGAUUUUCACAUGAAACCAAAUGUAAAAAAGAGGAGAUUAGGCCUUGCAUCCUCCUCAUAGAUGAACUUGAUCUUCUUGUGACCAGAAAUCAAUCGGUUCUAUACAACAUCCUUGAUUGGCCAAACAAGCCAAAUUCCAAAUUGAUUGUAAUAGGGAUAGCAAACACCAUGGAUCUUCCAGAGAAAUUACUUCCGCGUAUCUCUAGUCGUAUGGGCAUACAAAGACUUUGCUUUGGUCCAUAUAACUACCAGCAGCUUCAAGAAAUAAUUUUAAGCCGCCUAAGAGGAAUUGAUGCUUUUGAAAAACAAGCAAUUGAAUUUGCUUCAAGGAAGGUUGCAGCUGUUUCUGGAUUUGCUCGCCGUGCAUUGGAGAUAUGUAGACGAGCUGCAGAGCUUGCAGAUUAUCGUUCUAAAAGAUCACCAUCACUUUCUGACUCUGCAGCCACAGGGAAGGCUCUUGUUGGUAUGGGAGAUGUUGAAGUGGCCAUAAAAGAGAUGUUCCAGGCUCCUCAUAUUCAAGUGAUCAGGAGUAGUUCUAAACUGAGUAAAAUCUUCUUGGCUGCUAUGGUGCAUGAACUUUAUAAGACAGGGAUGGGUGAAACCACUUUUGAAAAGUUGGCAAUGACCGUUUCAUGUUUCUGCACAAGCAACGGGGAAACAUUUCCAGGAUACGACAUACUACUGAAAGUCGGAUGCAAGCUUGGAGAGUGCAGGAUAUUACUGUGUGAGCCGGCUGCACAGCACAAAUUGCAGAAAUUGCAACUCAAUUUUCCAAGUGAUGAUGUGAUUUUUGCACUCAAAGAUAGCGAGGAGCUACCUUGGUUGGCCAAGUAUUUAUAA